AUGGAGUCAGAUUGGUUCUUCCCUAUUACAGUACUCACCCUGGAUAAGAUGCAUAUCAAAGGAAUAAUUCACACUGUGUCCAUGUUCUUCGCCAGCUGCCAGUACUGCAGCCAGAAUUCCUGCUACAUCCUCUUCCACUGUGCGGAUGUACAUGUCAUUUAUGGAACUCACCAGUCCAUGUAUGAAGGACAUGGCGGUGGUCCCCAGUCUUUGGCUAUCACAGGCAAUGAUGCUGUGAAUGGUCUUGUGGAUUCAGCCUUCCCCUUUGGGAAAGAAGGUCCCUUUCUGAGCCGCUCUGGAGAGAGGCUGGUGGCGUGGGGCUCCCUCGGGCCAGCGGCAGUGCUUGUGCCCAUGGGGCUCCUCGGUCUGGUCCUGCUCUGGGUGCUGGCGGCAGCGACUUCAGGGAAAAGUCCAGACUUGCUGGUGGGGCAGGCGGCCUCCUGCAUGACUUCGUGCGCAGGGUCAGCUGAUCCCCACCUCCCCGUGGGCACCAGAUACACCUAUCACUUCUCCACCAACACCAGCACCGGCCUGCAGGGGGUCCAGGUGGAGGGGAGUGGUGUUGGCCUCCAAGGCUUGGUCACCCUCGAUGUGCUUGGCCCUUGCCAGAUGGCCUUACAGCUCCAAAACUUCCAGAUGACAUCCAUUCUGGGGUCCAAGGCAGAAGUUUUGAAGGAGUCAGAGACGUUGAGCGCCUCCCUGGGCCGCGUGCCGCUGCGCUUCGUCCUGCAAGCGCGGCGUGUGGCCCGCCUGUGUCCCGGCCCCGCUGAGCCCCGCUGGGCGCUGAACGUGAAGCGCGCGGUGCUGAGCCUCCUGCAGGGUCACCCGGGUGCCCAAGACCCCCAGACCGUCGAGGAGGAGGAUAUCCUGGGCAGGUGUCCCACCACAUACCAGCAACGCGGAACCAGGCUGCGCAAGACCAAGGACCUGGCGCGAUGCUCCCUGCGCAGGGCGCGCUCCUCCCUGCGCUCCCAGGCUCUGCCCUCCGUGGAGCCGGGCCUGGCCUCCCACCUGACCUGCCUCCAGAGUUUCCAGGCCGACGUGCUGAGGGAGGCAUCCUGCGUGGAGCUGGACACCAUGGGGCGCCUCUCCCAGGAGGCCAGUGCCGUGCAGAUGCGGACCCUUUCCUCGCUCACCCUGCUGCAUGAGAUGCCCCUGGAUUCAGCUGUCACAGCACUUCCCAUCUCAGACCCAGAUGAUGGAGACUUAACCCUGAGCAGCCUGUUGUACGAAUGGGAGGAGACAUUGUCCCAGGCUACGGUGGCCACAGUGGCUGCAUCAGUGAGGAAGUUGUGCCUGGCUCAGACCACAAGCUUUGAGGCUGCAGAGCUGUUCCUGUCACUGGUGUCUGAGCUCCGGGGCCUCUCCGCGGUCGAACUGAUGGAACUCUGGGGACAUUCUUUUUUUAGAUGCCGAGACAACUGGCAACCGCUGGUGGAUGCCCUGCCCUCCUGUGGCACCGAAGCCUGCGUGGGACUCAUGGCAGAGCUCAUCGUAUCUGGGGAGGUGGAGGCAGAGGAGACAGAGGCGUGGCUCUGGUCGCUGGCUUUCCUCCCGCAGCCCACAGAUGCCAUGGUCCAAGUGCUGCUGCCACUGCUGCAGACCCCGGGGGCCAGCCCAGGUGCCUUCCUGGGCAUCUCAGCUCUUGUGCACAACCUCUGUGUGUCUCUGGACGGGCCCUGCGGGCAGCUGCCUGGUGUCAGCUCCCUUGUGAAGAUCCUGGGAGACGCCUUAGGAGCCAACUGCACCUUCCAGGAGCCCUCGGAUGCUGAGCAGCUCCAGAUCGUGCUCAAGGCCAUUGGCAACGCCGGCCUGGCAGCCACAGCUCUCACCCCCAAGCUGAGCACUUGUGCAUCCCUGAGGAGCUGCCCCCAUGAGAUCCGGCUGGGGGCCAUCCAGGCCUUCCGGAGGGUUCCCUGCUCUGUGGAUCGAUCCGUGCUCUCCCGCUUGUACCAAAGCCCCGAGGAGGAUGCUGAGAUCCGCAUCAAUGCCUACCUGGCCCUGAUGAGGUGCCCUGGCGAGGAGCUGUUUGCCCAGGUGCGGCGCACCCAGGCAGGAGAGCAGUCCACCCAGGUGGGCUCCUUUGUCUGGAGUCACCUCCUGCAGUUGCUGGAGACGGAUGACCCCCUGAAACAGGCCCUCCGGGAAGCCCUCCCUGAAGACGUCCUCAGCCGGGAGUUCCAUCCAGAGACCUGGAAACAUUCAUCCUAUUCCGACGUCACCUUCCGCUCAGCAUCGGGCAGCCUGGGAGCCAACCUGGAGGGGACCCUUCUCUUCUCGCCUGCCUCCUUCCUCCCCCGUUCUGCCACAGCCAACCUGACCAUCCAUGCCCUUGGUCGUGCCUUCAACCUCCUGGAGCUGGGGCUCCGGCUGGAAAAUGCUGAGGAAGUGGCUCGCAGGCUGUUUGGCCGGAAGGCAUCCUGGGGGCAGGAAGAGGAGAGACAGGCCCAGUCAGAGAAGCCCCCAGCGUCAGAACCAGGGCCCACCCCAGAGCCGGCGGACUCCGACUGUCCAGGAGAAGAGUCCAGAAAGAUGAGAGACCUGCAGCAGAAGGUGGCCCAGAGGCGCAGGGGGCGGCAGGCGCUGCGAUGUGAGCUGAGCGUGAAGGUCUUUGGGCACGAGCUGAGCUUUGUCAGCUGCAGGAAGAUGGGGAGCCACGUAAAACGCCAGUCCCUGGACCUGGCCGAGCUUGCCGUCAAGCUCCUGAAGGGGCAGGAGGUGCAGGUGAACCGGAGGCUGACCCUGGCCAUGGAGGAGCUCACCUUUCCCACUGUGUCUGGACUCUUGGCCCGGCUGGCCCUAAAUGCCUCGGCUGCCAUCAGCAUCCGGGUCCGAGGGACAGCCGACUUCCAGCAGCGCUCAGAUUUCUCUGUGAAUGGUUAUGUCAAGCCCAGCGCCCUGCUCCAGAUCUCGGUGCAGAUGGGCACAGUGGGCACCCUGGGGCAGGCCGGGCUGAGGUGGGUGACCGGCAUCCGCAGCACUGCCAGCCUGGACGGCGGGAUCCGGGCGAGGAAGGGCCGGGACCUCAAGGUGCACCUGAACACGCCUGAGGAGGCUGUGGAGCUGCUCCGCUUCAGCUCUAAGCUGUAUCUCGUCACUGGGGAUGAUGUGAGGAGCCUCAGUCAUGUUCACAGCUCUUCUGAGGCCCAGUCCUGUACCAGCAAGGAAGUGUCCCGCAUCUGGGGCUGGCAGCUGUGCACUGAAGUCAGCUGGCUGGCAGCUGGUCAGCCCUACCUGCUCUCAGUGCCUGUGUUUGUGGCUGUGAUGCUGAAGAAACAGGACCGGGGGCUCCAGCAGUACCUGCUAGAAGCUGCCUAUACGCUCCGCCCUCAGAAGGACAGCUGGCUCCCUCAGGAAGCCUCAGCCCACCUCUUCAUGGGCACGCCCGAGUCAGAAGUGCCCCGGGACGUUGGGGUGGACGUCAGCUACAGCUGGCCCCAGAGGAAGUUUCGGCUCAAGCUUCUCCAUCCCAAGAAGAAAAUCGAGCUGGAUGGAAAGAUGGAGACUCUCCAGAGUGCUCGCCUGGGUUACCUGGAACUGAUACUGGACGACAGGGAUGUCUACUACAUCAAGGGCCAAAGCAACCUGUGGCCAGCAGCAGAUGGUGAGGUCCAGCGGUUCGAGGCCCAGCUGGAGGCGAAGCUGGUGACAGCGGGCAUCCCCGUGGUCUUCACUGGGAACCUCAGCCGGCAGGCGGGCGGCAGGCUGGCCUUCUCUGUGUCACUGAGCAACCUGCUGAGUGACCGGGCCCACAUGUCAGUGCUGCUGGAGAAGGAGGUGGAGAACGGGCUGCAGGGGGUGGCCCUGGAUGGGGAGCUCUUCGUACCGGAGCUCGUGGGACUGCGUGUCCUGGGUCUGCUGCAGCAGCGAGGCCGCCUCUGGACCAGCUCCCUGAGGAUCAAGUACGGCCUGCUGGGUCAGGCGAAGCAGCUGGCGCAAGAGUGCAGCACCAGCCAGAAGCUCUGGGCAGAAAGCGGCUCAGAGGCCACCUAUAAGUUGGAGCUGGGCCAUGAGCUCCAUUGCACACAGAUCCCAGCAUUCAGCCACAAGGUCCAGCUCCGGCACGAGGAGGACUCAGGCCACCUGCACUCGCAGCUGGAAGUGAGCUACGGGAGGCACUGGGGUGAGAGCAGCAACAAGAGGCGUCUCCGCGUCAGCCAGACCUUCCAGAACGACUCGGGCCCAGCCCUGAGCAGUCACUUCAUGGAGUUUGUACUGCAGGUGCCAGCGAGGCAGGUGGAUUACCGUAUGCAGCUGCACCACUUCAGCUUCCGCCAACCCCAUGUGGAGAGCAGCACGCACCUGAAGGUGCAGUACAAUGGGCGGCUGCCCUUUGUGGCAGGCUUGCAGUGGAAGGACACAUCCAGGGCCACCCUGUGGAAGUGGGAAGGAGCCUUGAACCUGGGUAGUCCGUGGCUGAUGGUCUCCAUGGCUCACAGGCUGUACUGGCCCCACCGAGCCACAUUCCAGGCUGUGUUGGAGUUGACCCUGGGCAAGGCUUGGAUCCUCAAGAAUCUGGUGAUGAAUGUGGCCUGCAGGAGCCAGGGCCUCUACAGAGAGGGCAAGAUUCACGUCUACACCCCAGCUACCACCUACCUCCGGGUUUCCAUGGUCACAGCCUUGGCACAGAACCUCUUUCGCAGCCAGAGUGAAGUAGAAUCAGCCUGGAGUGCAGCAAUACAAAGUGAGAUCCACGCUGAGAAUAGCCGGGACCUUAAGAUCCUUCACUGCUGGUUGAAGGGUCCCCAGCGGGAGCUGAACCUAACAGCGGCCUACAGGCACGUGGAGCAGCCGUGGAAGAUCCACGUGUUGCUGACGGCUCUGGGGGCUGGUGCCAGGGGCCAGCCUCAGGGCCUGCAGUUGGAGGGCGAGCUGGAGGAGCUGAUGCAAGAUGGGAGGUUGUACCAGAAGCGGGGGACAUUCCUCUUUAGGCAUCCCUUGACUCUGCGCAUCCCGCAGAGCAUCCUCCUGCAGGAGACCUUCAUGGCAGACAAGCAGCACCAGCGUUACUCCCUGGAGACGAGGCUUGUCCUUGAUGGCCAGGAUGAGACCCUGCAGACCACAGUCCUGGGCUACCAGGCCGGGCACCCCUACGUCUGUGCAGGCCUCUCCCACCCAUACAACAGCAAGGCCAUCCCCAGGAGCUUGGAGGGCUGCGUGGUUGCUUGGAGUCGGCACAUCGCUCAGAACAGGGAACUUGAGGCCACUUUGAAAGUCAACCAGAAAGUCUUGCUGCACUUGAAGGGCCUGCAUUAUGACAGAUCUCGGCGCGAGGAAAUCUGGCACAGCCUGGCCCUGGACUUGGCUCAUUCCUCCCAGCUGAGGUUCCCCCAGGCCCUGAGUUUGAAUGGGGACAUUAUCUUCAGACGGAGUCCCCAGGGAGCAUUCGACUGCAGGGUGGAUGCAUGGGCUGCUGUCAACAACAUCACAUCCCAGGUCUUGGUCCAGCUGAAUGGCUCUGACUCCCAGGUGGUGUUUUUCUUCCUGCUCAGACAUCCCCAGAGACCAGCAUUUCCUCCAAACUUACAGGUGCAGGCAGCUUCUGGGCACUACAAAGGGCGCAGCCUCAAUGGCUCCCUGUCUGUGCACACGUCUGACAAGGAACUGGUUCUGCUGGAGGCCAACGCCAGCCAGGAUACCUGGAGAAGCAGCCAGGGCUGGGGUGUGAGCGUCCUCCUCCGCCAGGAGGUCCUCAGAGCCCCCAGGGCUGUUCGGCUGCAGCUGUCCAGCAAGGUUUCCCCAGCCAGGAUGUGGCUGUUUUCCAAGGCACUGCUGGACCAGAACACAGCACAACUGCUCCUCAAGGCAUCCGAGGAGCAGAGGGGAGGCCAGGUCCUGACCCUGCAGGGCCAAGUCCAGCACACAGUGGCUGCCUGGGCAGCCAUGCCCCACGUUCUGACCCUCACAGGCAUGCUGAAGCAGAAGGAGACGCUCAGAGAGGGCACCAUCAAGGUCACUGCUGACUCAGCAGUGCUAGGAUUCCUCCUGCGGGACAAGCAUGAGAAGACAGGGAACAGCACUACUGUGCACAGUGUGACCUGCAUCCUUGCCCAGAACAGCAGCCAGACCCUGCCAGGAGAGCUCCGACUAAGGGGGCGACUGCAAGCCCAGAUGGGGAGCCUUGGGGGCCAGGCCAGCCUCUGGGCUGAUGCGGCCAGCCUGUCUCUGGGUGGAGUCUGCACCUGGGGCCCUGGGCAUGGCCAGCUCUCAGGCAGCCUGAGUCACAACAUCAGCACCUUGAGUGAAGCAGGACUCCCCUCCGAGGCAGGGAUUCUCCUGUCUCACACCCAUGUGGCUUCCAACCUCUCAGUGCGUGUGAUGCUGGGUAGUUUGGGGGCCCAGCUGGAUGCCGCCCUUGGCCUGGAGGGCAGGGCUACCAGCGCCCUGGGCAGCCGGCUCCAUGCCAGCCUUGGCCACACGGUGCCCGGCCUCAGGCUCUGGGGCCUCCCCUUCACCGUGGACGGCCGCGGACACUUGCAGAGCACGGGACCCAGUCUGGCUGCCGGGCUGACAGUAAGCGUGGAGGAUGAGCAGCUGCGCGUAGCCCUGGAGAAGAGGGAAGCCAGUGGCCACCCGGGGCUGGCCCUAGGGCUGCACCGUGGCCUCUGGCAGCUCCAGGUGAGGAGGCCUUCACAAAGGGAGAUGAGUUGCAGUGGAGACGCCUCACCUGCCCAGCUGUCAGGGUACUGCUGGGGAAAUGUCACCGGGUGGCCUCUUGAACUCUUCAUGGACAUUCAUGACGGUGGCUCUGGCUUUGAGAAUUCCGGACGCGUCUCAGCAGGGCCUGCGUCGCUAAACUACUCCGUGAGCUGCCGUCACCACAAUGGGCACCUGGAGCUCUCUGGCUGGAGCGAUCACAACAGCCUGGUCCUGUUGCAGGCAGGGUUCCCGGGUGAGGCCCACCUCGAUGCUGAGCUGCAGAUGCGUGAGACGCAAGCCCAGGCCUGUGUGACCUUCCGAGGCGGGGAAGCUGGGGUCAGCGUGGACGUGGCAGUCCUGGUGGCCCGCCCUAUGAACGGCUCCCUGGAGCUGAUGGUGAAUGCCAGCCACACGGCGCGAGCUCUCCGGACGCUGGGCCUGCCCUUCACCAGCCAGCUCCUGUUUUGGCAGCUCUGGGCAGAGGAGGAGAUGAGUUCCUCCCUGCAGCUGAUCUGUGAUUCUCAAGCCAACCUGGUCCUCCAUGUCCGUGGCCAGAACCAGGUGCUCAGCAAAGAGCUGCAGCUCUCGGCCCAGCAUCACCUCCCCAUCCUCCUAGGUGGCUGCCCCAGCAGAGCCUCGGCCUCUGCCAAGCUACGAUACUCUGAGGGUGGAGCCGAGAGCACGUUUGUCUUGGUGGUGGAGAAGCGACACUUCCACGUCAGCACCAGGCUGGUGGCUGCUAAGAACCGUCUCGCCAACAUCAUCAAGCUGGAACAGACCUUCCCCCAGCUCAGCACUCUCCCUGGGGAGCUGGUCCUGCAGACCUCAUACGAGCGAGCCCGUGGCACCUGCGUCCUGCACCACAUGGUGCUGUGGGACAGCCAGGAGGUGGCCCUCAAUGUGAGCCUCUCUGGGCCCUUCCUCAAGCCCACCAGGACUCUCGGCCUGCAGGCGGAGCUCACCCACGCGCUGCCCUUCUCCCUGCCGCGGCGUUGCAGCCUCCGCCUGUCCUGCGAGCAUUCUCGACGUGGCCACCAGGAUGCGCUGGUCGUGGGCUGGGAUGGCGAGGACCAGGUGGCGCUCUCCUCCUCUCUGCGGCUGGGGAGGGGCGCGCUGGCCGCCCGCCUGGCUGUGGCUCACCCCUUCAACCUCUCCUGGCGGCGUGCUGAGGCCAGUGGCCUUGCUGAGAGCAGGGGCGGCAGGCAGAGCCGGCAGGUGCAGCUUGCCUGGAACGGAGGGCAGCCUGUGACUGUGCAGCUCACCUGGGCCAACAGGUCGUUGGCGCACAGCACCAUCUGGGAUGCUUGCCUGGCCGCCUCCCCGGGGCAGCUCCAGGAAACCUGGGGCCUGGGUGCCCUCAGGGCCUGUGGGGCCUUAACACAGUCCUCGACUGUGUUCAGUGAGUGGCUCGAUCUGUCCUGGGACCGGCGCCGGGUGCAGCAGAGCCUGACAUAUGAGAGGCACCAGCCGUCCCGGCCAGACAAGAUCCGCGCAGAGGCCAGGCUGGAGCACGUCCUCACGGCCUCCUGCGCCACGCAGAGCUUCCGGGGAGACGUGGAGACUGACUACACUCGCUGGCUGCGCCAUUCCCUGCAGCUGGGGCUCUGCCGCCUCCCCAGGGCCCUCUUGGUCUCUGGGGAGCACACCCUGGGUGGCGGUAGGCUCCUGCUACACUCCAAAUGCCAGCUGGGCCUUGCCCCAGACCCAGACCACAGCCUGCACCUCAGCCUGACCCUCCGCAACCACAGCAGGCCCCGAAUGCCUGACUUCUCUGGGGAAUUAGAGCUCCGUGGCCCCAAGGCUCAGAGGCUUGGUCUGCUGGGCCGGGUGUCCACCUCGGCUUCCCAAAGGUUGAUCCAGCUGGAGGGAAAUGUGGACAAUGGGGACGAGAAAGUGAGGCUGUCGGUGUCCCAGGCCCCGAACUGCCUCCAGGCCUCAGUGGCCCAAGAGCAAGGGAGCCAAGAGGAGAGCGUGGUGCUGCGGGCCUGUGCCCACCGGUGGACGGCUGAGGUAGAGGCCCUGCUCCAGGACAGUGGGCGGCCUGUCCAGCCCCUGGGGCGCUUGACCCUGCAGGCUGCCAACCAGAGCCUCCGCUUGGCCGCACUCGGCUGCCAGGGGACCCUGCUGGGCCACAUGGAGUCCCGGAUUGCUGCUCUCGGGUCCCAGGUGCAAGCUCGGCUGGAGGAGAAGAUCCGCAACUUGGACGCCUAUGUGAGAAGGUUCCAGCGCCUGAUGCAGCCGACAGGCACCCUGGACAGUGCAGCAGGCCCCCUUCCGUGGCUGUCCCGGGAGGGCCUGGGGGCCGUGUGGGGGAGUGGCCGGGCGGUGGCCACACUGUGGGGCCAGAGCCAGGCCAGGCAGACGCUGAUACAACGUGUGCCGCUCUACCUGGAGAGGCUGCAGGAGGGGCUGGAGCAGCUGCGGAAUGAGCUGGAACGGCCCCUGGCCACGCUGAAGGACGCUUACUUGGAGGUGACACUGCGGCCCUUGGACGAGGUGUGGCGGGAGCGGGCCGAGGAGGCCAUGCAGUGGCUGCAGGCCUGGGUGUCCCGGAUGCCGGGGCCCUGGGUGUCCAGGCCCAUCGGGGCAGCACUAGAGUCCGUGAGGGGCGCCCUGGAGCUGGCCGCUGAGCAGAUGCUGUCUUGGAUGGAAGCUGUGAUCUCACAGGCACUGAGGAGGCUCUGCAAACCCUUGCUGGACCUGUACCGCUUCUCGGCCAGGGACCGCUCAGUGGUGGUGACGCUGCCGCUGCUGCCUGCGGGAGACGAGCCCCUGGAUGUGGCCCGCGUGACCAGCCACCUGGUGGAGGAGAAGCUGCUGCGGCCGCUCCGAGAGCUGUACAGGACCAGCAUGCUGGCUGGGUACCACCGGCUCAGACGCCACCUGCAGGGGAGCCCCUCUGGAUACCAUGCUGUGGUGGCUGGGGCCAGGCACGUGGUGACCUUUGACGGCCGGGUGUGGGGUCUCAGCACCCACUGUGGCAGCCUGCUGCUGGCCAGGGACUUCGCUCACGACACGUUCUCACUGACGCUGAGCCGGGCAGGCUCAGGGCUCACGUCCCUGACUGUAGCGCUGAACCGCAGCACCCUGGUCUUCUACCCCAGCCUGAAGACCUACAGGCUGUACAACAACUCCCUGCCUGGGGAGAGCUGUCUGGACCUGGUUUUGCCUCCGCCUCCUGCCAAGACCAGGAUCGAGCUGACCAGUGAGGACGGCGUCUCCAUCGCCUGUGACGUCCAAGCCGGCCUCUGCAGCCUGACUCUGGGCGUCUGGCAGCACGGCCUGUCCGCCGGCUUCCUGGGCACCAAUGACAAUGAGGCAGACAAUGAGCUGAUGCUGCCGGACGGCUCGGUGGCCAACAGCCUGGAGGAGUUCACGCUUGCCUGGCAGGUGGGUAGUGACUGCAGGGCCGUGGAGAAGACUCAGCUGGCAUGCCUAGGACAGAGCCCCACCUGCCAGGCUUUCUUCCAGGACCCCUACUCCAGCCUGGGGAACUGCUUCGGGGUGGUGGACCCCACACCCUUCCUCAACCUGUGCCUCCAGGACACCUGUGGCACCCAAGAGCUCCAAACUGCCUGCACCCUGGCGGCCACCUACAUUCACCUGUGUGCCCGGGGAUUCGUGCCCAUGGACCCUCCUCCACAGUGUGUUUGAGAUUUUGCCUGAGCCAGCACCAGGCUGCCAAGGAUUUCAGACUCACCUACCACAAACCCGUUCCAUCACCAAGGUCACAGUUCUUGUCUGGGGCAGAAUGACCAGCAUAAAAAAACAGGAAGCUCAGAGAAGAUCAGGAAAAAUACAGAUCCAGGAAAGAAGAGCCAUUAGUCAAUGAUUUCAAAAUGCUUUCUGGGAGCAGUAAAGCCCACACUGGUCUGGAUAAUUCUCCACCUUCCUCAGCACCUGCACUGUGGUCUAGGAGACAGCCCAACCCGCAGGACCCACCUCUGGAGGGAGAGAGCCAUGCCAGCAACUCUUCCUGUCCAAGAUGUUUAUUCACUCAUUCAGCUGCUGUCUCCAAAGCCUUUGCUGUAUGAGCCAGACUGCCCCAGGGUCUUUCUAGACCAGGACUGGCUUCCCCUGCCCUCUGCACAGGUCUCCCCUAAGGCCUGAGGCUCCUUGAGGGAAUUGAUGGUCCCAAAUCCCUUAAUCCCAAGGCUGGUUGGGUGCUUCCCUCUUUGGGUUAGAUCCUGACUCUCGGUCUCAUUGUUUCAGGGGGCACUUGAGAAGGGCCAGUGGAUGCUAUGGGCACCUGGGCACUCAGACCCCAAGUAUGCAGCCUUCAAAGCUGUUCACUUUUGGGGGGGGGGGGCCGGGGGGAGGCUUUACCCUUGAGUUUUCAACUGAAAAAUAAAGCUGGCAGAAUCCAAGAAGGCAUCCAUUAGAUUGCUGGGGUCAGCCAUCCACUGGCGAGAUGCGGGGUGGGCCUUGAGUGGCUGUGAAACCUCCUGCCAGUAGGGGGCCCCCAGAGCCCUCUCGAAACUGAGUUCUAGUGUCCAGAUUCCAGAGUGACAGGUGAAGAAGUGUCAGCCUCGAGGAGUGGGGUGACCAGAAGGCCAGACGCGAGGCUCGGCUGUCCCUGGCCUCCCUGACCCACAGCAGGUGCUCAGUGAAGAUGAGAAGAAGGAACUCUAGAGACUCUUAGCGUUUUCCGGAGUGAAUGGGAAUGGGGAAGCCAGAACUGCCCGUUCCCAUACUCCGGAAGGAAGAGAGGGGGAAGGGGUGCCAUGACUGAGCUUGCACCGUGUUGCCAUGGCUACAACCAAAAGACCCCAGAGUCCAAGCACUGCUCUUUGAAAGAUGUUUGCUCUCUUCUCAGACCUUAUUAAUAACCUGAUGAGGGGUGGAUGAUCCCGUGUAAUGGAAGAAGCAGCAGGCUCAGGGAGCCCAGGGGGCUUACCCAAGGUCACACAGCUAGCAGACGGCCAGGCUGGCAUGAUCUGGGCCUGUCUGCCCCCAAGGCUGCCCAGCCUCCACCUUCCCUCUUCUGCUUUCACAUUAGCCUUGUGCCGCACGCAGGUGCACCUCAUUUUACAGCACUUUGCAGAUACAGCGGGUUUUUUAACAGAUCAAAGGCAUGUGGCAACCCUGCAUCAAGGAACUCCAUCAGUACCUUUUCUAAGAGCACUGCUUGCUUCAUGUCUCUGUGUCACAUUUUGGUAAUUCUCAAAAUAUUUCAGACUUUUUCACUGUUAUUAUAUGUAUUAUGGUGACCUGUGAGCUUUGAUGUUACUAUGACAGCUAGUUAGCAUUUUUUAGCAAUAAAGUACUUAAUUGAGGGAUGCACAUUGUUUGUUUAGACACAAUGCUAUUGCACACUUAAUAGACUACUGUAUAGUAUAAACGUAGCUUUUAUACGUAGUAGGAAGCCAAAAACUUUGUGUGACUCUC